UCUCCAUCAUCUCAAGCAACAGUGCUCUCUGUCUCACCCUUUCUGAUUUCUGUCAAACAUGAAAUCUGGGAAAUGGAUAGCCUUUGUUGCUCUUAUUCACGCAUGUUUGACGGCUGUAGAAUCACUCCCCAAAGCUGAUAAAAUUGUAGCUUUGCCUGGCCAACCCAGAGUCACUUUCCAACACUUCUCUGGCUACCUCACCGUCGAUGAGAAGCAGAAGAGAGCUCUGUUUUACUACUUUGUUGAGGCCGAAACUAUGCCUGCGUCAAAGCCACUUGUUCUAUGGCUAAAUGGAGGGCCUGGUUGUUCGUCUAUUGGAGCAGGAGCUUUCACCGAACAUGGCCCCUUUAAGCCAAAUGGAGAGGCUUUGGAAAAGAAUAAGUACAGUUGGAAUAAAGAAGCUAAUAUGCUAUACUUGGAGUCACCCGCAGGCGUCGGCUUCUCUUAUUCUGCCAAUAACUCAUUUUACUCUAAUUUAAACGAUGAAGUGGCAGCAAGAGAUAAUCUCGUUUUCCUGGAGCGGUGGUUUGUCAAGUUCCCUGAGUACAAGAAUAGAGAUUUCUACAUCACAGGAGAAAGUUAUGCAGGUCACUAUGUACCACAACUUGCACAACUCAUUAUUCACUCCAAUCUGAAGCUGAAUCUUAAAGGGAUAGCUAUAGGGAAUCCCCUUCUUGAAUUCGCUACAGAUAUGAACUCAGUGGAUCAAUAUUAUUGGUCUCAUGGUUUGAUAUCAGAUUCAGCUUAUGAGCUUCUCACUUCAUUUUGUAACUCUUCUCGGCUCAUGAGAGAGGUUAUUAGAAGGUCGAUUUCAUCUGACUGUAUGUCUGUAUAUAGUGAAGUUUCAACAGAAAUUACUAAGUCUAUCGACCAAUAUGAUGUCAUUGCCGAUGUUUGCCUAUCGUCUGGCCAGUCACCAAUGGCAAUACUCAGUCACUCCCUGUUGUCAGGACCUCAACAUUCACCACAAGCAGAUGGCCUCAGUCAACAGCAAGUUAGUGUGAAAGUAGACCCCUGUAUACAAGACGAAACAACCAAGUACUUGAACAGGAAAGAUGUGCAGAAAGCCCUACACGCACAACUUGUUGGAACCACCAGCUGGAACUUAUGUAACAAGUUUGUGCAAUAUAUGGCCAACCUAGAGACGCCAACAAUUCAUAUUGUUGGCUCUAUAGUAAAGUCUGGUAUCCCAGUCAUGGUUUACAGUGGAGAUCAGGAUUCUGUUAUCCCAUUUAUUGGCACCAGAAUAUUAGUGUAUAAGCUAGCGAAAGUAUUGGGACUUAACACAACUGUGCCUUACCGACCUUGGUUUGAGGGAAAACAAGUUGGUGGUUGGACACAAGUUUAUGGUGAUAUCUUGUCCUUCGCCACCAUCAGAGGAGCUUCGCACACAGCUCCAGCUUCACAACCAGAGCGAUCAUUGGCGUUGUUCAAGGCAGUUCUAGCUGGGAAACCACUACCAGGAGCUUGAGCAGGCCUAGUAUUCUAUAAAUGCUAAUAUUAGCAGGCAAUUUUUCUAUUUUGAUUUUUCCUGUUGGUAUAUAUAUGAACCAAAUUGAAGUGUGAGAUAAUCAAAACUCAUAAAAGAAGAGCUCUAUCUGUUUUA